AUGGCAGCGCGGAUCGCUUCCUGUGACCUGGUGACCGAUGCCCUGUACCGACUUCUCGACACCGACACCGACACAUACCUCAUCGUCUGUGCAACAAAGGCCGAGUUUUUGGUGCAGCUGGCUGCGGCUAUUCGCGGCCAACGCGCCCAUCCAGCCAGCGCAGGAGGUCCUGACCUGCUCACGAACACCAUUGGCUUGCUCGCGAAAUCUAGCAAGAUACGCUUGAUCUUCUGCCCGUCUCUGGAAAGCCUUCGAGCAUAUCUUGCAGUGCUGAGCCCAGCCGAGCGAGUAGCCCCUGGGGACGCGGCGGAUCCGCGGAGACGGUUUCUGGCUGUCCUUGAUAUCGUGGCUCUACAUGCCAACACCUCCGAGUUCUCGGCGCAAGGACUGUCGAGAACGUUGGCCGCUACUGUCGAGGCUGCCUCUCGGGCGGAAAUGGACCUGACGCUCUACGAAUGUACGAACGCGCUGGACCCUAGCACGGACCGCGGAAGAGGGCUAUGGGAUGUGCAGGUGCCGUUGCUGAAUGGGUCAGUCCGAAUGCGCGAUGAUGGAAGCGCUUGGGGAGGGCGCGGUGCGUCGGUGAAACGAAUAGCCCAACGCUGGUUUGAAUUCGAUCAAGACAGUUCGGUGGAAAAAGCUAGACCAUAA